AUGCUGGCACCCAUUUCGACAGCUUAUGGACGGGAACAUCUUGAUCGCCGCAUAGAGCUCGGUCGAACGCGACCUUCUGCGAGGUGCUGGUCCUCAUCGACCGCAGCUCGAUCGGAAGCAGGCCCAUCCUCGACACCACCGCUGACUUUGGAGGAGCAAUCGACACCAGACGCCCAAUCACCAGUCCGAGAAACAGGAACGAACGGAUUCAUUCCAUCGGUCCAUCCACUCUUGACCCCGCAACUCCUGCUGCAGAGCGACACCACGACCGAUCUCCCCUCGCCCCAAGACCUCGAUGCGCUGCAGCCACGGCGGUUCACGAUCCCUUCCCACACCUCCCCCGAAUCUUACCGUGUCGUCUAUUCUCGAGCAUGGGCUCAGACGUACGAGGCACUCUCGCACGCCUUUACCAAGUCCCAACUGCUCCAUCUCGCCGGCCCACUGGGGCUCAGCUUGGACCCCUUGGGCGAAGCCUCGAAGAUGCGUGCACGGACGAGGGGCAAAAAGUAUCUCAACAAGACGCUCGGGAUGAUGAACAAGAAGGAGCUGUGUGUCACCAUCAUGGUGUUGAAAUGGGGCAUGGUCGAUCCGGCGGCGGUGCCGGCCGCUGCGAAGGGGCCUAAAGCUACCCAGGGUGGGUCGACACACAGAGUCUCACGACUUGCCGGCGAUGGGCUGACCUUUUUUUUCGUGCUCCAACAGCUAUCCCACUCUCGGACCGCACCUUGUUCUUGCUCUUAUCGCCAAGUAGGUUAUGACUGAUGUGGCAGGUGAACGCUUCCUUUGGAUGAGCUGACUUUUCCCACCUCUCGCAGGCUCGACGACCUUCAGCCACCUCUCCGCGAAUCACUCCCUUCGCUUCUCCUUUCAACAGGACCCACAAACCUCGACGUUGAACCUCAUCGUAUCUGGUCCCGAAGCUUCGGUGCUCGUCGCGCAGGAAACGAUCGGCUCGAUUGGCGAAACGGCCGAUCGACGGGAUUUCGUUCUACCCGAUUCGACGAGGAGCCUACCCGCCGAGGUUUAUCAGACGAUCUCACGAAACGCCAAAGUCUACCUUGAAGCUCCCGAGGAUGCAAAAGAGUCGGAUAGUGUUCUAAGGGCGACGACGAAUGACAAGAAGGGACUAGAAACGGCAGAGAGGCUCUUGGGUUUGGCGUUUGCCGAGGCGAGGAAGGCUCGAGCGACCAAUCUCAUCGUCAGGAACGCGGAAGGGGACAAGGAUGAAUUCUGCUUUGUUCCUUUCGGACCUAUAUCAUCUCCGGCAUUCCCGAACGAUUCGACAAGUUCGUUUGCUCGUCUGGUGGACGUCAAUCGGCGCUCUCGGGACGGCGGAGAGGAGAUCAAGACGACUGGAUCGAGUGAUGUGCUGUCGCGCAUCAAUAACAUGCGUUCUCUCCUGCCAAAUUCGGCUGAAUCGACCACCAAGCACGGCGUCAAAGCCACUUUUGGUCACCUGCUAUUCCCUUUGUACCCAUCGUCCUCGACACCCGUCUUCGGGCCCGUCGCUUUGGACGAUGUCACUUCUUUACCCCCGCACCGGCACUUUUUAUCCUGCCCACCCACCGGAUUCCUCUCGUCCACCGGGGCGACGAAGUCGACCCGCGCCAGCGGUUUGAGCAACCCUUCUAAAAACGUGUACGACUUGCCCUUCUUCUCGGACCUCUCAGAUGAAGAAGACGCCGACGAUCCGCUCGACCGGCUCAAUCAACUCGCAUUGGACUCGCCUGACCUCUCCUCCGAAGCGUUCCGUCGCAUUCGCUAUGUCCGCAAGCCUCGUGCUCUUCAACCCUCCGAUAGCUUGGAGCAAAUCUUGGAGGUCGUCUACCUCCCGCACCAAGACUUGCUCACUCGGACACACGUCCGAUCCACCCAUACGAACGUACUCUAUCCCUCCCACUCAAGCGAUCUUGCCCUCUCGGCUUCUCAUCAAGAACUCUUGGCUACGACCGCUUUGACCGGAUUCGAAAAAGGUUACCUCCCUUCUCGAACACCGCUCGAGCUUGAAUACGCCGGCGAGGAUUGGUUACUGAGUUCGGAUCGACAGGUGCGCAGGACCCAGGUUGGCGAAUUGAGGAUCGAACGAUGGGUCGAGAUCACGUCGCGUGGGGACGAGGGCGCGCAGAUGGGUGUCGAGGUCGAAUGGGUCAUGGAGGAUGGGAAAUACGGCGUCGAGGAAUGGUUCACAAGAGUUGAGCGGAGGGUCAUGUUGAAAGCGAAGGAGCACUGA